UCCAAAAAUCCAUGAACCGGAAGUACUUCUUUAUUCUUGCCUGCUUCACAGCGGUAAAUUUGACAACAAGCCCUAGCUAGCUACGUGUAUUUCAGGAAAAUCAUUUGUCCCGUUAAUCUGCAAACAAUGACUAAAUUACAAUAUCUGAAUGUAUUUCUAACUGAGCGUUUGAUGCAAGCUGCCGAGGAGAUACUUGGAGUGAUCGGAAACACGAUAUCCGAGUACCAGGAAGAAAUAACCCGGACAAAGAGAGAGAAUCAAUACCUGAAACGACACUUGAUCACACCGGCUCCUCAGCCCAUUGUCUCUUGGGUCUCGGAGCAGCAAACUCCCCCUGAGCAACAGUACUGUGAGCAGGAGUGGAGUCCCAGUCUGGGGCAGAGAGACCCAGAGCCCACACAAAUGAAAGAGGAACAGGGUGAACUAAGGACCCGUCAGGAGGAAGAGCAGAUUCAAGGGCCGGAGGCUGAUACCAAAGAAGACUCCAUAAUCAUUCCUCUCUGUGUGAAAGGUGACUGUGAUCAGGAGCCACCUCAGUCCACACAUCUUCCCCAAACUGUGGAGAACAGAGAGAAGUACUCUCUACUGACCAACACAACUGGACAGAUCAAAACAGAACCUGGUGGAGAGGGCUAUGGAGUAUCACUAUCAGAACCAACCAGUGACUCCCCUCAGUCUCAGCCCCUCUCUGCAGUAAAUCCAGACUGUUCUAGAACACAGAGUGAGAACACUGAAAGUGUUCCUGAUGUUUCGAGAGAUCCAGAAAGGAGACCAGAGGAGGACACACAGACACACUCAUGUACUCAGUGUGGUGCCGUGUUCUGUGAGCUUUCCCAACUGAAGGCACACAUGCUAUCCCACACAGAACCACACAGUGGUGACACUAGUCACAGGCAAAUCCUCUGCACAGUCUGUUGGAAGUCAUUCACCUCUACCAGUUACCUCAAGGUCCACCUGUGUUCUCACACUAAGGAUAAGCCCUUCCACUGUGGUGUGUGUGGCAAGAGUUUCAGCUACUCAGGGAGGUUAAAGGAGCACCAGCGCAUCCACACUGGAGAGAGACCAUACCGCUGCCACGUGUGUGGUAAACGCUUCAACCAGUCAGUCCAUCUGAAGACCCACCUGAGGGUCCACACGGGGGAGAAGCCCUACUCCUGUCCUGUCUGUGGGAAAGGAUUCAGUCAGUCCAGCCAUAUCAAGGGACACCUCAGAACUCACACUGAGGGAGGUAGAAGAAAAAUGCCUUGGAGUGGAAAGAGCCCAUGAGCCUUCCCAUACCAUAACCACCAUGGGGCACCACCGUUGACAUCAACUAACUGCUCGCCCACACGACGCCAUACACGCUGUCUGUCAUCAGCCUGGUACAGUUGAAACCGGGAUUAAUCUGUGAAGAGCACAAUUCUCCAGCGUGCCAGUGGCCAUCGAAGGAGAGACGGUUACCACGCCAAACUGCAGUCCGGUCAAGACCCUGGUGAGGACAACGAGCACGCAGAUGAGCUUGCCUGAGACUGUUUCUGACCGUUUGUGCAAACAUUAAUUGAUUGCACAAACCCACAGUUUCAUCAGCUGUCCAAGUGGCUGGUCUGACACAGGUGAAGAAGCUGGAUGUAGAGGUCCUGGGCUGGUGUGGUUGCUUUGCACAUGAUCUGCGGUUGUGAGGCCAGUUGGAAAUACUGUGAAGUUUGAAAUGAAAUGUUUGCUAAUAUGGCUGUUAAUGGGGCAAUUGAUUGCUGCAACCACCAGACUAGUAAUAGUAGUUUAAAAUAUAAUACUACUUUUUUUUAAACAGUGGUGCACAUUUAUAAAUGUAUCAUUCUAUUUAUUAUCAAUUCAGGCAAUUUAUCAUAUGGAUUUUUGUUCAUAUAGCCGAGCUCGACCUAUACAUGACGCCAACUUUACCAUAUUAUCCUGGAGGCAUACUUACACUCCCAGUCUCACUGUACAUUCCCUUAAUUUGCGUGAAUGAUCUAUUAACUUUAAACUAUGCAAAAAUCGAAUACAAAAUAAUUAGUUUAGCAUUGGUCUUCCAUUCUAAACAAAAUGGUUGCUACGCAGGCUGGUUAAUGUUCUUCCCGGUAGCUAGCCAAAUUCAACUAGGGGUGUGUUCAUAAAUUCAAUCUGGAGUGCAAGAGUGCACUUUUGGCAUUGAGAGAACACCUCACUCUGACCAUUUUACUUGCCCUUGCAGAGCUGGUCAGGCUGUUUUUAUGUUAUCCAGAGCAUUGGUGACUAACUGUGCUCCUGGCAACCAUUUAAUUAAGCUUUUUUGCUGCCGUUUACCAACACCUCCCAUAUUCAAGGGGUGCUGAGUUCAUAAAUUCAUCAAUUAUUCUGCAACCUGGCACACUCAGAUGUGAGUGCUCUGAAAUCAGAGUAGAUGGCCAGAGUGAAUUUACGAACGCACCCUAACUCAGUCACGUCAAACAUUGAACCUGGAAUGACAGUAUAUUAGCUGCAUUUUCAUUUGUUUGAUCUUUUUUUCUAUUGGCAUUUAUUUGGAUAUUUCUAUGAUAAUGUUAGAACGGUGAUUUAGAUUGGCUCAAAAAGUUGUCUUGUCUGGGCACCGUUCACAGAGAUUGAAAUUCAGAAGUUGCCCAGGCAGACAGUGAGGCUUAUAAAUGAACCACUGAUAUACCAAACUAAAUGCUGUGCUAGAAGCAAGGUGAAAUAAUGUGUGCAUUGAGAGAAAUAUACAAGAUAUGAUUCAGACAGGAACAUGGUAUUCUUAUGGAGGCGCAGUGAUACUUUUCAGAUGGAACUGUUAGCAAGCAAUUGCAUAGGUGUGUCUGUGACGGCCAAUACAGCACAGCUUGGAACACUGCUCGUCCAAUCAGCAUCCAGGAUCCAAACAACCAGUUUAAUAAUUAAGCAAUAAGGCCAGAGGAGGUGUGCUAUAUGGCCAAUAUAACACAGCUAAGGGCUGUUCUUAUGCGCAAUGAAAUGUGGAGUGCCUGGAUUCCAGCCCUUAGCUGUGGUAUAUUGGCAAUAUAACACAAACUCCUGAGGUGCCUUACUGCUAUUUUAUACCAUGGCAUUAUUGAAUACUCGUUUCUGAUUGGCUUGAAGGGCAUUCUAGUGUGCAUUAUUUUGCUAUAACGCAAUUACCUGUAUAUCAGCAAGGUAGAAUUCAAUGGCUAAACAAGUAUGUUUCUUUGGUUACCAAGGCAACUACUGUAGCUAUCUAUACUGAACAAAAAUAUAUAAACGCAACAUGCAACAAUUUCAAAGAUUUUACUGAAUUACACUUCAUAGAAGGAAAUCAGUCAAUUGAAAUAAAUUCAUUAGGCCCUAAUUUAUGGAUUUCACAUGACUGGGCAGGGCAUAGCCAUGGGAGGGCAUAGGCCCACCCACUGGGAAGCCAGGCUCAGGCAGGCUUAGUUUUUCCCACAAAAGGGCUUUAUUAAAGAUAUAAAUAGUUCUCAGCACACCCCUCCUCAGACAAUCCCACAGGGGAAGAAGCCCGGAUGUCGGAUGUGGAGGUCCUGGGCUGAAGUGGUUACACGUGAUCUGCGGUUGUGAGGCCAGUUGGACAUACUGCCAAAUUCUCUGAAGCGAUGUUGGAAGCGGCUUAUGGUAAAGAAAUUAACAUUCAAUUCUCUGGCAAAAGCUCUGGUGGAUAUUCCUGUAGUCAGCAUGUCAAUUGCACACUCCCUCAAAACUUGAGACAUCUGUGGCAAUGUGUUGUGUGACAAAACUGCACAUUUUAGAGUGGACUUUUAUUGUCCCCAGCACAAGAUGCACCUGUGUAAUGUCCAUGCUAAUUUAAUCAGCUUCUUGAUAUGCCACACCUGUCUGGUGGGUAAACUGUCCACUUUAAUAAAUGGAACACUAGUCACUGGAGCUCCCGAGUGGCACUGCUGUCUAAGGCACUGCAUCUCAGUGCUAGAGGUGUCACUACAGACCCUGGUUCGAUUCCAGGCUGUAUCACAACCGGCUGUGAUUGGGAGUCCCAGAGGGCGGUGCACAAUUGGCCUAGCAUCGUCUGGGUUAUGGUACGGUCGGGGUAGACCAUCAUUGUAAAUAAGAAUAUGUUCUUAACUAACUUGCCUAGUU